CGGGUGUGAGAAGGAUUUGAACUUGCAACGGAGGCAGAGUGGAGGAGACUCCUAGUUGAUGACCGAGCAGACUGCCCUCCAAAGAGAGAGGAAAAGAGAGCGCUAUAACAGCUGGGACCAAAACAUCUGUGCGCUAAUCUACUCUUCUGGACCUUGUUCUGGGACUGGAACCCGGGCUAUUUGGAAAAUAGAUCGAAUACUUACUUGAUGGAUAUCAAGACCCAAGGUUUUGUAGAGAUGUUGCAUCUCAGGCACCUGCUCUGUCUUGUGUUUCUCUGUCGUGCGUUCGCUGAACAAGAUCCAUCAUGGAGGAUGAAGGUAGAGAAGGCUGCCCCGGCUAGUGGCUCUCUGGCUGGCAGGGUGGUGCUACCAUGCCACUUCUCCAUCACCCCCACCACCCACAACCCUAGCACACAGGGCCCAGAGGACCAGCUGAGGAUCAAGUGGACAAAGCUGGAGGAAGAUGGGGAGCGUGUGGUGCUGGUGGCCCAGGGAGGAGUGAUCAAGGUGGAGCAGGAGUACAAGGGCAGGGUGUCGGUGCCCAACCACCCACAGGCAUUAGGCGACGCCUCGCUGAUCGUUGCCAGCCUGAGGGCUAGCGAUGCUGGGCUGUACCGCUGCGAGGUCAUGCAUGAGAUGGAGGACACCCAGGAUACUGUUCAUCUCAAUGUCAGCGGUGUGGUGUUCCACUACAGGUCUGCUUCUAGCCGCUAUACCUUUUCCUUUCCCGGGGCCGUUGGCGCGUGCCGCGCGGCCGGGGCAACCAUCGCUACGGCCAAACAGCUGACUGCCGCCUUCGAGGACGGACUGGACCAGUGUGACGCCGGCUGGGUGGCCGACCAGACAGUCAGAUACCCAAUCACGAAGCCCCGUCCUGGUUGCAUGGGCGAUAUGAUGCACAGGCCUGGGAUCAGGACGUAUGGGCUCAGAGACCCUAAAGAGACCUACGACGUCUACUGUUACGCAGACAAACUACACGGUGAGGUGUUCUAUGCUCCUAUCCGUUACAAGCUGACCCUUCGCCAGGCUAAGCGUGCGUGCGAGACCCAGGGGGCGGUGCUCGCCUCCCCUGGCAACCUGUUCGCCGCGUGGCGCGGAGGCCUGGAUCGCUGUGACUACGGCUGGCUGUCAGACGGGAGCGCCCGCUACCCCAUCUCGGUCCCCAGGCCCCAGUGUGGAGGAGGGCUGCUGGGGGUCCGGACUCUGUACCGAUUCCCCAACCAGACUGGCUUCCCCAAACCUAUUGACAGACAUGGAGCGUUCUGCUUCAAGGGUAAGGAACCAGAGAUCCCCCCUCCUGGGCCUGUGACGACCACGGAUGCUCGCAGGACAGACACGGCCACAGACGAACCUCGCACUACCUACCGCGCAGGCGGACCAAACCUUACAGGCUCAACUCCCGCAGACAGAGCUGACCGCACAGCUGCAGACAAACCACACCAAACAACUGGCCAAGACAGAAGUGAGCAUACAGGUGGACCACACGAGACCGCUUAUACAGGCACAGUCCGACAUUACACUGCCACUGACGGAACACACACCGCCAAAGACGAGCAUCGCACCACUGACCGCGAGACGACAGGCAAAGACAGAACUACCCAGGGAGGAGACAGAACGACAGACCAAAAGACAGACUUCUCUGUUGGUACCACUCAGUUCCCUGAGUACGAUGGGGAGGACUUUGUCCCAGACCUAACCAAGGUAGAGUCAUUGCCCCCCAUGGGUGAUCCCCUGUUCCCCCUGCAGCUGCCCCCUCUCCCCACCAUCCGCUCCCAGCCCACCCGCCCCCAACUAGACAUCAACCAGGGGGGAGACAAGGAAGAGGGGGACGUUCAGACAGGCUCAGGCAGGGGGGAGAGCAGUGGGAGUGGGGAGGGGAGCAGUAGUGAUGGGGAGAGUGAGGGGGAUGACCGGGGAGUGAUGACUCCCACACAGGGCUUCACGGCAGACACAGGACUGGGGUCGGACCCCUCACGCCCAGGACAACCAGGGUACCCAGGACAUCCAAAGGGGUAUCCAGGGUUGGUCACCCCAGAGCACGGCCCCUCAGGUGGGGACAGAGUGACAGGACAGCAGCCUGCUGUGGUCUACAAGGAGGAGGAGGGCAAGAGCUCUAGAACAACAACCCACAGCCAACCAGGAGCCACGGAAUCAUACGGCAUGGACAAAUCGGUGGCUAUCCAUGAGGAGGCCUCGCCCACCAAACCACCAAUCCACCUCAUCAUCGUCGACGUGCACGACCGGAACCAAUCAGUGGACCACAUCCUGCAGGUCCUGGGACACCCUUUAGGGGGUAAUGGAGAUUUCCAGUCCCCUCUCAUCCCAGCCUUCCCAGUUACCCAGAGUGAGGCCAUUCGCGGCAGUGAGGACUCUGACGGCAUGCCUCCCAUCCCUUUUCCCCCAAUGCUCAGCUUCAUCAACGGGAAACACCAGCAGGAGGCUAGAGGAGACCAGUUUGAGAUGGCCACACCAGUCUAUGGUGAACUGGGAGGAGAGAUGGAGCAAGGAGAGGAGAAAAGUCCCACUCCCUUUGACUAUGACUCCAUCCAUACCGGAGAGACCAGCGAGUCCACUGCUACAGACACAGACGGAGAUACAAACAGACACACAGCGAAAGACACGGACAGAGGCACAGGCAGAGACAGGACAGGAAAGACGGAGAGCUCCAAUGGAACAACCCCUGAUUCCCAACACACAUCCCCAGUCUCUUCCCCAGUCUCAGCCUCAUCCACUGGUUACCCCCAUACUUCCCCAGAUGGCGUCUCGCCUGACGAGGACAUGGAAGGGUCAGGCGGCCGUACCCAGGAGGGCUCAGCAGAAGACCCCCGACCGACCCCCGCCUCAGACAGCCAAUCAGGCGUGGUCACAGACGAGACGGAGAUUGGAGGGGCGGAGAGUAUCACACACGCCCCGUCUCAUACACACUCUGCUCACACUAAGGACUCAAACACUAUUGAUACUUACACCAAGGACACACACACUCCAUCACACGCACACUCUACUCGCACUAAGGACACAAACACUAUUGAUACUGACACCAAGGACACACACACUCCAUCACACGCACACUCUACUCGCACUAAGGACACAAACACUAUUGAUACUUACACCAAGGACACACACACUACAUCACAGACAGAGGCAGGAGACUUCGAGGGGUCUUCAUCGGCAGAAGAGGAAGGCUCGGCACAGGAGGUGUACCCACCUGAAGACACCAGAUACACUAGCCCCGGCGGUCCUGGAGCCAUCGAAGCUCCCCCGGUGGGGCCUGGGGUGGAGGGACAGGUGACUGUUACACCCAAACCAGAAGUCAGACCAGGAACCAUGCCAACCCAGGCAGGAGAGACUGUAGGAGUCCACCCUGGACAUCACACAGACUCUUCUACACAGCACAGAGACCACUCCCGCCAACCUGCCACACAGGAGAAAGAUCUCUCCACUCAUACUAAAGCUCAGACCAGACACCCCUCUACAGAUGGGAAGGACCAAACCAAUCAGCAUAUCACACACGAUAGCAAUCACUCCACAGACACUCAGGAUCGAUCCAUGUACCCCCCUACACACUCCACCCAGCGUCCAUCACACGUUAGGGAUCCCACCAAGAACCAGACCACAUACCAUAAAGAUCACUCCACCCACACUAAGGACCAAACCAAACAGCCCUCUCACCCUAGAUUCCCCCCCACCCACCAUAAGAACCAAACCAGUCACUCUACCACAGAUCAGAAGACCCCACAGCACCUGAACCAAACACACACACCCCCUGCACACCCCUCCACUCCACCUCCCUCCCGCCCCAUCGCCGACUGGGCCCUGACCCCCCAGACCCCCCGGCCUGAGGGGGAGGAGUUUGUGGAUUAUGACCGGGUGAUUGGUCCUCCUCUGCUGGAGGCCGGCCCCCAUGCUCCUAAAGAACCUCAGUCCACAUACCAACCUGAAACAGGAUCUGACUACUACAUCGUGGACCAGACUGUGGAUGUCAGAGGACUGCAGCAGUGCACAGUGAAUGUGUGUUUGAACCAAGCGUCCUGCUACCAGAGAGGCAGAGCCAGCAUCUGUGUGUGUCCAACUGGAUACACUGGACAGCGCUGCGAGACAGAUGUUGAUGAAUGCCAGUCCAACCCAUGUCGUAAUGGAGCCACCUGUAUGGACGGAGUCAACUCCUUCACCUGUUUGUGUCUACCCAGCUACACAGGAGGGCUCUGUGAACAAGGAACAAGACCAGGAACCAGACCAGGAACCAUGCCAACCCAGGCAGGAGAGACUAUAGGAGACCACCCUGGACAUCACACAGACUCUUCUACACAGCACAGAGACCACUCCCGCCAACCUGCCACACAGGAGAAAGAUCUCUCCACUCAUACUAAAGCUCAGACCAGACACCCCUCUACAGAUGGGAAGGACCAAACCAAUCAGCAUAUCACACACGAUAGCAAUCACUCCACAGACACUCAGGAUCGAUCCAUGUACCCCCCUACACACUCCACCCAGCGUCCAACACACGUUAGGGAUCCCACCAAGAACCAGACCACAUACCAUAAAGAUCACUCCACCCACACUAAGGACCAAACCAAACAGCCCUCUCACCCUAGAUUCCCCCCCACCCACCAUAAGAACCAAACCAGUCACUCUACCACAAAUCAGAAGACCCCACAGCACCUGAACCAAACACACACACCCCCUGCACACCCCUCCACUCCACCUCCCUCCCGCCCCAUCCCCGACUGGGCCCUGACCCCCCAGACCCCCCGGCCUGAGGGGGAGGAGUUUGUGGAUUAUGACCGGGUGAUUGGUCCUCCUCUGCUGGAGGCCGGCCCCCAUGCUCCUAAAGAACCUCAGUCCACAUACCAACCUGAAACAGGAUCUGACUACUACAUCGUGGACCAGACUGUCGAUGUCAGAGGACUGCAGCAGUGCACAGUGAAUGUGUGUUUGAACCAAGCGUCCUGCUACCAGAGAGGCAGAGCCAGCAUCUGUGUGUGUCCAACUGGAUACACUGGACAGCGCUGCGAGACAGAUGUUGAUGAAUGCCAGUCCAACCCAUGUCGUAAUGGAGCCACCUGUAUGGACGGAGUCAACUCCUUCACCUGUUUGUGUCUACCCAGCUACACAGGAGGGCUCUGUGAACAAGGAACAAGACCAGGAACCAGACCUGGAACAAGACCAGGAACCAGACCAGGAACCAUGCCAACCCAGGCAGGAGAGACUGUAGGAGACCACCCUGGACAUCACACAGACUCUUCUACACAGCACAGAGACCACUCCCGCCAACCUGCCACACAGGAGAAAGAUCUCUCCACUCAUACUAAAGCUCAGACCAGACACCCCUCUACAGAUGGGAAGGACCAAACCAAUCAGCAUAACACACACGAUAGCAAUCACUCCACAGACACUCAGGAUCGAUCCAUGUACCCCCCUACACACUCCACCCAGCGUCCAACACACGUUAGGGAUCCCACCAAGAACCAGACCACAUACCAUAAAGAUCACUCCACCCACACUAAGGACCAAACCAAACAGCCCUCUCACCCUAGAUUCCCCCCCACCCACCAUAAGAACCAAACCAGUCACUCUACCACAGAUCAGAAGACCCUACAGCACCUGAACCAAACACACACACCCCCUGCACACCCCUCCACUCCACCUCCCUCCCCCCCCAUCCCCGACUGGGCCCUGACCCCCCAAACCCCCCGGCCUGAGGGGGAGGAGUUUGUGGAUUAUGACCGGGUGAUUGGUCCUCCUCUGCUGGAGGACGGCCCCCAUGCUCCUAAAGAACCUCAGUCCACAUACCAACCUGAAACAGGAUCUGACUACUACAUCGUGGACCAGACUGUGGAUGUCAGAGGACUGCAGCAGUGCACAGUGAAUGUGUGUUUGAACCAAGCGUCCUGCUACCAGAGAGGCAGAGCCAGCAUCUGUGUGUGUCCAACUGGAUACACUGGACAGCGCUGCGAGACAGAUGUUGAUGAAUGCCAGUCCAACCCAUGUCGUAAUGGAGCCACCUGUAUGGACGGAGUCAACUCCUUCACCUGUUUGUGUCUACCCAGCUACACAGGAGGGCUCUGUGAACAAGGAACAAGACCAGGAACCAGACCUGGAACAAGACCAGGAACAAGACCAGGAACCAUGCCAACCCAGGCAGGAGAGACUAUAGGAGACCAUCCUGGACAUCACACAGACUCUUCUACACAGCACAGAGACCACUCCCGCCAACCUGCCACACAGGAGAAAGAUCUCUCCACUCAUACUAAAGCUCAGACCAGACACCCCUCUACAGAUGGGAAGGACCGAACCAAUCAGCAUUACACACACGAUAGCAAUCACUCCACAGACACUCAGGAUCGAUCCAUGUAUCCCCCUACACACUCCACCCAGCGUCCAACACACGUUAGGGAUCCCACCAAGAACCAGACCACAUACCAUAAAGAUCACUCCACCCAUACUAAGGACCAAACCAAACAGCCCUCUCACCCUAGAUUCCCCCCCACCCACCAUAAGAACCAAACCAGUCACUCUACCACAGAUCAGAAGACCCCACAGCACCUGAACCAAACACACACACCCCCUGCACACCCCUCCACUCCACCUCCCUCCCGCCCCAUCGCCGACUGGGCCCUGACCCCCCAGACUCCCCGGCCUGAGGGGGAGGAGUUUGUGGAUUAUGACCGGGUGAUUGGUCCUCCUCUGCUGGAGGCCGGCCCCCAUGCUCCUAAAGAACCUCAGUCCACAUACCAACCUGAAACAGGAUCUGACUACUACAUCGUGGACCAGACUGUCGAUGUCAGAGGACUGCAGCAGUGCACAGUGAAUGUGUGUUUGAACCAAGCGUCCUGCUACCAGAGAGGCAGAGCCAGCAUCUGUGUGUGUCCAACUGGAUACACUGGACAGCGCUGCGAGACAGAUGUUGAUGAAUGCCAGUCCAACCCAUGUCGUAAUGGAGCCACCUGUAUGGACGGAGUCAACUCCUUCACCUGUUUGUGUCUACCCAGCUACACAGGAGAGCUCUGUGAACAAGACACGGAGGUGUGUGAGUAUGGCUGGCAGAAGUUCCGGAGCCAGUGUUAUAAGCACAUCAGCCACCGUCGCACCUGGGACGCUGCCGAGAGGGAGUGCCGUCUCCACGGAGCCCACCUCGUCAGUGUCCUGUCACAGGAGGAGCAGCUGUAUGUCAACGGUCUGGGCCAUGACUACCAGUGGAUCGGUCUAAACGACAAGAUGUUUGAGAGAGACUUCCACUGGACUGACGGCAGCAUCAUGCAAUAUGAGCACUGGCGUCCCAACCAGCCAGACAGUUUCUUCCAGUCUGGAGAGGACUGUGUGGUGAUGAUCUGGCACGAGGGAGGACAGUGGAAUGACGUACCCUGCAACUACCACCUCACCUUCACCUGCAAGAAAGGCACAGUCUCUUGCGGCCAGCCACCAGUAGUGAAGGAUGCUCGUGUGUUUGGUUCUAUGAAGCCUCGUUAUGAGAUCAACACUCUGAUUCGUUACCACUGUAAAAACGGCUUCAUACAGAGAUACCCCCCCACCAUCCGCUGCCGUGACAACGGCCAAUGGGACAGCCCCAAGGUCACCUGCAUGAGCCCUGCUACCUACCAGAAGUCUUUCGCUUCUAGGAAACACACCGACAAUCACAGUCACAACCAGAAUCAGUACAAUCACAACCAGAAUCAGUACAAUCACAAUGAUCACAACCAGUUCAACUAUCAAAACCAACAAUACAACAGCCAAAACAAUCAAGACCAACAGAAGACCAACAACCAAAAGCAAAAACAGCAGAGCGAGAGGAGACAUCAACACUAAUCUGAUCUCUGGUCAGUCCUUAAAAGCGCAGAUACGGUUGCAAAAGGAACUUUCCCCAAAUUUCUGGAUUUCUGGAAAAUGUGGGAAUUUCUGAGAAAAUGUACAGUUAUUCUGCAUCCCUAAUCCCAGAGCAACUCAGAUCAGAUCCAACGGGCUAGCUAGAACCCAUAGAUAUACAUAUAUAUAUGUGUAUAGAUAUGUGUGUGUGUGUGUAUAUGUAUGCCAAUUUGUAUGUCAAUUUAUCUGGAUAGGGGCAUGGGGUUAUUUCACAAAGUUUAGUCAUAAUCAGCAAGCUAACUCUGAUAAACUCUGAUAAAACACUUUUCUAGUUUAUAAACAGGUGUUAUAAACAUUGUUACAGAGAGGAUUGAGUCCCAUUUCAAAUUCAACCAGGACAAAUUUAAGUUUCAGAAUAUUUAUUUCAGUUAGCUGGCUAACUCGAUUUUGACCUUGCUUCGUGAAAUCCAACCCCAGAUCACUUCUAAUUCUUUCCACAAACGUGACACCACAGUGCCUUAAUGGUUAACACAGUGUCCAAUGUCCAUCUCCAGAACUGGAGAACUUGACCGCUUCUGCUCUAGAGAUGGACCCUUCUCAAUCCAGCGCCUUCUGAACAUUUCCCCCUUACCCUGUUUCUUUACCCCAUAGAAAUAAUCCAGUAAAAAUAACAGACUUAAAACCCCAAUUGUUUUGUUGGCGACACGUUUGCAAUAUUCCCAUGAAAGAGCCCAUUAAGUUAAAGGAACAUGAAUUGUUACAUUGUUUCCAAUAUUUGCAAUGUUUUUCCCCCCCCCUUCUCUCUCUCUCACAGAACGUGAGACGAAGAGCCACUCGUUUAUCACAAUCUUCGGUCAGUCACUUUAUUUGAAAAGUCGCCAUGAAGUGAAAUCUGUCUCAUUAACGACUGUUGCCUGUAUGGUGCACGCAGUAGGACUCAUAUCAGGAACGAGCUCAAUCACUUCCUUAUACGAGGGGACGUGACGAGAGGUCCGUGUCAGACGGCGUCUGUGACAGGUCACCUCCUUCAGUGGCGCUCCAGCAUAUACAAACGCAUCCGCCGACGUCUUCUCCUUAAAGGCAAUGUUUUUUUUUAAAGGGAAUGGGCUUCGUACGCUUAACCAAUUUUGUUAUUGUUAUGUGUGCAAUGACACAUGGGAGAGAAGAGAGAGUGCAAUGACUGUCAGGUCUUGUAGGUGGGAAAAGUUAUGUAAGAAGCUGUGGCCGUUUAAUUUAUUGCAUAUUGUUACACCUAUACACGGCCUGUGAUACUGUUCAACUGAAGUGGCUAUUGUAAGGGUGACUUGUUUGACUGUUUCCAGACAUCUGCCAUGCAUUGAAGGAAUCUUGUCUUACAUCAUGUGGCCUUCCCAUAUUCUGUUUAGUAAAGUUCUACGAUCCAGAUAUCUGAGCUGGGAUGGCGCUUUUCAGGGGGAUGACUUGUACCUGCGAGUCACCACAAACGGCUCUCAACAGGGGCGACUUUGAGAAGCAUUCCAAGGCACUUGAGCUAUGACCAUUUAUUCAGAAAUGCCACAAAUAAUGAUUCUCCCCCCGAGGACAGAAAGGACUGGGUGAAGAAACAGCAUUGGAAGUUGGCAGCCAAGGGCCUCUGUUCUUCAGUUAGGAUUCUGGUUCGUGUGUCUUCUCUGCUUACUGCUCUCAUCCGUUCUGUCUUCUCUCCCUGUAUGUGUCCUAUCAUAGUGUUUUAUCAUCCAAAUGACGUGUGUUUCUACCCCAGAGAGCGUGGGGUAUGCUGUAUGGGGGUUAUGUUCUUGUAUCUGUUGUGUAUGUCCCCCAAAAACCCACUAAUACUGUACCUAUACACCAUCCUGUGCUCCCAUCUCACCUUGCGCUGACUGUGCAAUAAAAAUAAAUACGAAUAAACCGAUGUCACCCA